AUGGAGUUUAAUACAGAUACGUACGGUAAAUGCAGAUUUUGUAACACAACAGGACAUCACAGAGAUAUUACAAAAGUUUACAACGUCGGAGGAGUACGCGAAGUAUAUUACGAUAUUAUAAUGGAUUGUUUUAAUUUAUGCAUAGAAAUAAACACAGUAAAGAGUCUUCUGAUAUGUGGUCACUGUAUUCAACAGUUACGAGAUGCAAACAGCUUCAGAAUCCUUGUGAUGAAUGCCGAGACUCAUCUGAAUGGACUCGGACAUGAGAACACGGUUUACAUCAACACUCGUACAAAUCCUUUGGAUACCGAAGUCAAGUUGGAAAAUGUGAAGGAAGACAAUGAGAGUCUCCAAGUGAACAAUCAUGAUAAUGAAGAGAGGAUAUUCCAUGAAGAUUAUGUAUCUGGAGAACAAGAGCUAUUGUCGCGGUACAACGAUCUUAAACCUUUGCCUUCGAGAGAGAGCCUUAAAUAUAUAUGCAAUAAAUAUUACAAGGAAUUGGAACUAUUAAAAGGACAAAUAAUAACAGCUAAAUCGAUUAAAAUCGAUGCCACAGAUAAGGUUUCAAACAAAAUCAAUUCCAAAAUAUAUGUGACAGAGAAGCUGGCUCAUAUAAACAAUGUAACUACAAUCUUGGAAAAUUCUAAUCUAAUAGCCUUUAAGACUAGACGAAGAAAUGGAUAUAUAUGUUUGUACUGCAAUCGAAAGUUCGAGAACAUUGAACUUGUAACUGAUCAUCAGGUUGAAAGUCAUUGCAAGGACAAGAUCAAGUCAAUCAUCAGCAAGUACCCACCAGAUAGACUAGCUGUAUAUGCCCAUGUGGUGGACAUAAAGUGCUCUAUAUGCGACAAAAAACUACCAAACAUGAACGAACUCAAAUACCACCUGAUUAUGGCGCAUAAGAAGAAAAUAUACACGGAAUACGGCGACAGAAUAAUACCGUUUAGACUCAGCAAGAAUAAAUACGACUGUCAUAUAUGCGGCUUCAACUUCGAAACUUUCGGCGCUGUGGAGAGACAUAUGAACAUACAUUAUAGGAACUACAUCUGUGAUCAGUGUGGAAGUGGCUUUAUAACGAAGAACAGAUUGAAAGGACACAUCAGAUCGGCUCACGUGACUGACAACUACCCGUGUGAAGUGUGCGACAAAAUAUUCCAAGCGCAGCACAAAUACAAAAACCAUAUUGACGUUAUCCACAAAAUGGUGAAAAAGAACAAAUGUCCCAAAUGUCCCGAGCGCUUCAAUGAUUAUUUCCAUCGCCACAAACACAUGGUGGAUGCACACGGAGACACGCCGUUGCGUUACAAAUGCAACGUAUGCGAUGCGCUGUUCAAACGCCGCUACGCGCUAUCCUGCCACAUGAAGAGGCGGCAUCUUGAUAUGAGGGACAUCACUUGCGAUCUCUGCUCAUACAAGUGUUAUACGAUAACCGAACUCAAAGCGCACAUGAUAAAACACAACGGACAAAGGACUUAUGAGUGUAAUGUGUGCAAGAAGUCCUACGCUAGGAAGAAAACUCUAAAGGAGCACAUGAGAAUACAUAAUAAUGACAGGAGGUACGUCUGCGUCGAGUGUGGACAAGGAUUUGUACAGAACUGUAGUCUGAAAGGACAUAUGAAGACCCAUCACAUGGAAUAUAUAAAUAAUCUGCCGAGAUAG